AUGUACCCGAGCGUCUUCGAUUGGUCGGAACUCAUGGACUCCACCAGCGCCUGGGCGGGCCGCGAGUGGUUCGUGGUGCGCAAGGCCGAAGUGCGCCUUGCGGAGGCCGACAAGACUUUGAUUCCCUUCGUGAAGAUGGGAGUUGAGGCACGUGAACAGACCGUCACGAGCAAGGGCUUGGAGGACAAGGCCAUCACUAGCAAGAACCAUCCACUCACCAGGCGCUGUGGCGCUGCCUCCGUGAUGGCCAAGUACUUGGUGGAUGCCAAGAUCUCGGUGGAUCCCAGAUGGUACGACUUGGCAGAUGAGUUGGUGAGCAACACCACUCCUGAGGCGCAUCCGGAAAUCCCACAGCUGUGGAAUAUGCGUGGCAACUCGCGGAUACAGUUGCAAGGUGGAAAGCUGCGCGAUGUACAGACCGGGCUGAACAACAACCUGCAUGCCAUCUAUGGCGGUGUGCAGUUCGGCCUAGACCGUUUCCAGCUGGCACAACGUCCAUCGCUGCCCACUGCUGGAAUGGUGCCCAGUGGCAUGCCUGGAGCCUUGCCAGGAGCCGCCUUGACGCAACCAGCUCGCUUUGACAUCCAAGGUAUGCAGUUGGGCCCCACUGGCCGGCCAAUGUUCAUGCCGCAGCGGUUUCAGCUCACCCAGAAGGACCAGCCGCAAGGUGUGGACCUCGCGUUGGACAAGUUUGACCUCAGCAGCUGUGAACGCUUCUCCAAUAUGCCAGCCUGCAGUGCCUCCUUCGACUCGGUCGAGGGGCGUAUCACCUUGGGCAAGGCCUUCCUGUCCUCUUUGCGUGAGGGAUCUUACGAGUGCCUGGAGACCGAGAAUGUGACCUUGUUGAAGAAAGUCUUCAAUCCGGUGCUGGCCGACAGGCUGUCGGAGGGCAAGUCCUUCAUUCCACCGGACCCCAACUUGGACUACGUCUCCAAGCUGCGCAACUUGGUCCAGGAAGGCGCGCUUCAGCGACAAGAACUUCACUAUCGGUCCAUGGGGAUGAAACGAAUGGCUGGCAUGGAAUUCCCACGCAGUUGGACCUCGCGCUUUCAGCUCUUCCGGGAAGGUCGCGCGCAUGUUGGAAAGCCAAGCCUCGUGAGUCUGCAGGUGGAUGAGAUCUUCAAGCGCAGCCUCCAAGAGGAUAUUCUGCCCACCGCGGCUCCUGAGUUCACUCAGAGCACCGAGGACCGACAUGGCAUGGAUUACCCUCGUAUGGAAAAGUGGCCAUUUAAAAAUUUAGCUCGUUGA